AUGGUGGAUAACAGGAAACCAGACGACUACGCAAUCGAGAUGGAGAAGCUGGGCCAGAACAAGAACUUCGAGGCGCCGCCGCCGCCUCCUCAACCUAGAAGCCCUCCGUCCAGUCCACUUGCCAACAGUGCGGCUCUGCCGGUCCUGGCGUACUGUGGAUCAUCUAUUUUGAUGACCGUUAUGAAUAAAUACGUCCUUUCCGGCACAGGUUUCAACCUCAACUUCUUCCUUCUUUGCAUCCAGUCUAUCGUCUGCAUUAUCGCGAUUCAAACGUGUAAAUCCUGCGGUCUGAUCACAUACCGUGAUUUUAACCUAGACGAGGCUCGCAAGUGGUUCCCAAUCACUCUGCUUCUUAUCGGUAUGAUCUAUACCGGAUCUAAGGCUCUGCAGUAUCUUUCGAUCCCUGUCUACACGAUCUUUAAGAACCUGACCAUUAUCCUUAUCGCAUAUGGCGAGGUCCUGUGGUUCGGUGGCUCUGUAACUGGGCUCACCUUGUUCUCGUUCGGGUUGAUGGUUUUGAGUUCUAUUAUUGCGGCCUGGGCCGACAUUAAGCAUGCCGUUGAGGGUGGUGGUGAUGCCACUGCCAAGGUCUCGACCUUGAACGCUGGAUACAUCUGGAUGUUGGUCAACUGCCUGUGCACCUCCUCCUACGUCCUGGGAAUGCGCAAGAGAAUCAAGUUAACCAACUUUAAGGACUUUGACACCAUGUUCUAUAACAACCUUCUCUCGAUCCCUGUCCUGGUCGUCUUGAGCGGUCUGAUCGAGGAUUGGUCACCCGCUAACGUCACCCGCAACUUCCCUCCCGUUGACCGUAACGGUAUUGUGUUCGCGAUGAUCCUCUCUGGAUUGUCGUCCGUGUUCAUCUCCUACACAUCCGCCUGGUGUGUUCGCGUGACAUCUUCAACCACCUAUUCCAUGGUUGGCGCUCUCAACAAGCUGCCCAUUGCCAUCUCUGGCUUGAUCUUCUUCGAUGCGCCUGUGACCUUCCCCAGUGUGUCGGCCAUUUUUGUCGGGUUCGUCAGUGGCAUCGUGUACGCUGUUGCAAAGAUCAAGCAAAACGCUAAGCCCAGGAUCGGCAUUCUGCCCACCUCCAACCCUGUCAGUGCGAGCAGCCAAAGCAUGAGGGAUUCUCUCCGAUCCUAA